AUACUAACUUGUCAUUUAGGGAUAGAUGAGAGAUGAAAAUGUGUUUAGUAUAUUAUCGGCACAAUGCUAUAUAUUUCCCUAUUUAUACUGCUCAACAUUGGCUGUGUGUCCGAGAGUUAUAUUAUAAGAUCGCGUGAUAAGAUGUACAACAAACGUAACCUGGACAUUUAUCCCGAUCUGGUCAGGUUGGAUGAGGAAGCAGCUGGCAAGAAGGAAGGUGCAGAGGGGCAUAACUGCAAUACCAACAAGAACUGUGGCAGUUCCUUAGGUAAAACGGAUCCCAAGGCCAAGGCCUCAAAUAUUGCACAGAAGGCGGCGCAGGAGGCAAAAGCAGCGAAUGAUGCACAAAUGGCAGCUGCGGAGGCAGCUGCGGCACAGGUGAAAUCCGAGCUUGCCGAGCGGGCGUUGCAAUCCGCACGUGCCGCAGAGGCAGCCUUGGCGGGCAAACAGCAGAUCAUGGAGCAGCUGGUGACGGAGCAUCGCGAGGCGGAGGCUGUGGUCCAGGAUGUGACCAAUUCGCUGCAGAAUACCCAGGCGAAUGCCGCCGCGGCGAAUGAUGCUGCCGUGGAGGCGAAAACUCAGCUGGAGAAACUGAAGCAACUGGUUCAAGCGGCCAUCACGAAUCUGGGCAACAUCGAGAACGUCUCGAAUGGCGCCCAACAGGAGCUGGCCGAGAAGACGCAGCUGCUCGAGGCGGCCAAGAAUCGUGUGGAGAAUUUGGGUCACCAGUUGCAAGCCGCCAAGCAGGACUUUGAGAAGACCAAGAAGGCGGCCUAUAAAGCAGCCUGUGCGGCAGUCGAGGCCAAGCAGAAGGCCCAAAGGAAUCGACGCAUGUCCCCACAGAGGACUCAGUAAUUUACUUUGUUUCUUACGAUUUAUCAGAUUAUAGACUUAAUUUUGUAUAUUUUUUAUGGCACAUUAAUAAAAGGACUAUAUUUUUUUUAAGCAAA